AUGAUGAAAACUGAGUUGUGCUCAAUUCAGGCUCAGAAAUCCAAAGGGCAGCCCCAGCUGCAGAAGGAUGGCCAGAACCUGCUGCUUCAAUUUCCCUUCGAGGUCCUGGACAUUGCAAGUGGAGCCUGGUGGAACAAGCCAGAAAAAGACCUCAACUCACUAUGGAACAAAUUUACCAAUUGGAUUAAGGACACAUUUCAGCACAAAGUUCCACCACAACCACAGCUGAGACUGGAAUCUGGAGAGGACCGAUGUGCCGGGAGGGUUGAAGUUUUUCAUGAUGAAAAAUGGGGCACAGUCUGUGAUGACUAUUUCAAUAUGAACAGUGCCAACGUUGUGUGCAGACAACUUAACUGUGGCCAAGCUGUCUCUGUCCUGGGACUGUCUUACUUUGGCCCCAGUGGAAAAAUUAUCCAGUUGGAUGAUGUGCAGUGUAGAGGAACUGAAUCCCACCUUUGGGACUGCCGGCACGCCGGCUGGGGCAAGCACAACUGUGGACUCAAUGAGGAUGUUGGUGUCAUCUGCUCAGGUUCCUCCCCUGCUCCCAGCACAACGCCAGCACAGACUGAGACAUCUCCUGCUCCAGAGACCGUGGCAACCCUCAAGGAAGCCCCUGAAAAUACAUCAGAAUCAAACUUGGCACCUGCAGAGUUUGUAGACGUGACAACCUCAGCUGCAGAAAUCCUUUCCACACUGGCUGAAGCUUCAACAGACUAUUCUGUCACAGAAGAAGAUAAUUUGAGCACAUCUGCCCCAGCCACAAGUCCAGCACCACUGUCUACAGUGAGGGAAGCAACAGUUUCUCCUCCUGCUGAACCUGCAGUUGUAACCACUUCGACAGUCGCUCCUAGUCCUGCAGCAGCAGACAUUACCCCUGUGACAAGCUCACCUGCUCCAUCAACCCCUCCAACUCCUGAAGCAACAACCAUUGCCACCACCCAUCCAAAGACAAAUGCAACAACUACAGGCUCAGGUUGCUGUUGCUCAACAGGGGUGCCUCGCUGUGGGGCUUCACUUCAAGAGCCCAACAAAGCAUUAAGGAUUGAACUAAAUGGAAAUGCAAGCUGCAUCUGGUAAAUCCAGAGGAAUGCAAAUCAAACAAUUAGGCUCGUUUUCUCCUAUUUUAAAUUUGCUCCUUCUUCAAGCUGUGAAUCAGAAAGCAUUAGAGUGUUUGAUGGUCCCUCCACUGAUUCACCUCUUCUUGGACAAGUGUGUGAUGACACAGAUGCAGUCCCAGUGCUUGAAUCAUCCUCAGACAGUUUAACUUUUCUCAUAACAACCAACCCUGAGGCUUUCACACGGAACUUCUUUGUCUACUACUACUUCUUUUCACCAGGGUCAAAAACUGAAAAUUGUGGGGGACAAUUAACUGGUCCCAAUGGGACAUUCAGCAGCCCCAACUACCCAGCACCUUACCCUCAAUUCAGGUACUGUGUCUGGCAGAUACAAGCACCAAAAAACUCGAAGAUAAACUUACAGUUCCAGGAUUUUUUCCUGGAAUUGGACAGAAACUGCCAACUUGACUUCACAGCAGUCUAUGAUGGCCCCACCACAGACUCUGGAUUAUUGGGGAAAGUGUGUGGCCUUGGCCAGCCCACAUUUGAGUCUUCUUCAAACACAAUGACAGUUGUGCUGUCCACAGAUGACACCAACUCCCACAGAGGAUUUUCAGCUCAGUAUUCCAGUGUUCCCCUGCCAGGUCCCACGGAGCCCAACACAACACUUACAUGCUCUUCAGACAGCAUGAGAGUUGUUCUGAGCAAAUCUUACCUGGCCUCCCUUGGCUUUAGGGAAACUCACCUCCAGCUGAAUGAUCCAUCCUGCAGACCAGUUGUAACAGAUUCAGUGAUCUUCUCCUUUCCAUUGGCUAGCUGUGGAACAAUUAAAAAGGAUGAAGGCCACAGCAUCACUUACACCAACACCAUCUCUAUGGCUCCAGCUGGCAGCACCAUCACCCGCCAGAGGAACACUGAGAUCAUUGCCCAAUGCAGAAUGAAGAACAAUGAAACCCUACAAGUCAUUUACACCACAACAAACAAUGCCAUCCAGAAGCUGGCUGCUGGGGGGAGGUACAGUGUCAGCAUGGCCUUCUACGAGUCAGAUUUGUUCUCCAAGCCCAUACAAUACUCCCCAUACUACGUAGACUUGAACCAAACUCUCUUUGCUGAAGUGACUCUUCAUUCCACUGACCCAAACCUCCAGGUGUUCACUGAUACCUGCACAGCAUCUCCACAGCCUGAUUUUGGCUCGCUGACAUACGACUUGAUCAGGAGUGGCUGCAAUAAAGAUGACACUGUGGUAACCUACCCAGCAUUUGAAAACCAUGGAAGAUUCAAAUUUAGGGCCUUCAGGUUCCUGCAGAGCUUCCCAUCAGUUUACCUUUAGUGUGACAUUGUGAUCUGUGACAGCAGCAACAGCAACUCUCGCUGUGCCAGAGGCUGCAGCUCCAGGCAGUAAAGAGCCAUCUCUCCAUACACAUGGAAAACUAACACUGCAGCAGGGCCCAUCUGCCUGAAGAGAGAUCGCAGGGCUGCUGACUACACAGAAUCCCCCACUGAAGUGGAAGCUGAAAAGACACCAAACCUCCAACAAUACAACUUCUACACUCUGGCAUUUGUGGUUUUAAUUUCAAACAUUCUCAUUGUGAUAGUUGUGACACUAAAACAUCACAAGUACCACGCAGGAUGCAGUUAUCAGAAUGUCCAGAGCCCAUUUUAA